GGCAAGGACGGCAGGAGGGUUAAAAACAUUACACUGUCCUGCAAUAAUUUAUUUGAUCAGUUGCAUGCUUAUUACCGUGCAUCACAAAUUUAUUACAAACAGUUACUUACAUAGCUGAUUAAAAUUAAUGAAUUCAUUAAUUAUUGCUAACAUUAUAAUGUUUGAAACAGACAUUGUGAUACCAAAGACUAUAUAAGAGUCUUUGGUGAUACUGUGACCAAGACUGUACCAAGCAUCGUGAUAAAGACAGUUAUAUGAUCGAUUUUUCCAAAAGCUUCAAAAAUGCUUUCCUUUCAUAUUAGCAAGAAGUCUGGAAGACCCUGAUUGGUGGGAUAAAUAAAUUUCCAUCUGCAACGAUGUCUGUUUUCAGCCUUAUUUCCAAGUCCUAUAAAGCACUUCAGUUACUAAAUCAUCUCCAACACAAAAACAUUAUUACAAGAGUUAUGUCCAGUGUACCUCUCAGUCCUGCUGCUUUUUUUGAGGCUGUCAGAGAUACAGGGAUCGCCUUUUACUGUGGAGUGCCUGACUCUCUCUUGAAAGACUUCUGUGCUUUUAUUACACAAAAUGUUCCAGCUAAAAGCCAUGUCAUUACAGCUAAUGAAGGCAAUGCUGUUGCUUUAGCAACUGGCUAUCACUUAGCAACUGGAAAGACAGCUAUGGUUUAUUUACAGAACUCUGGCCUGGGUAAUGCGGUGAAUCCUCUGGUGUCCCUGGCUUCCCCAGCUGUCUCUAGUAUUCCUAUCCUGCUAUUGAUUGGCUGGAGAGGUGAACCUGGGGUCAAGGAUGAACCACAGCAUGUUACCCAAGGAAAAAUCACUCCAGAAUUGUUAGAGGUGAUGAAUAUACCUUCCAGAAUUCUUCCACAAGAUAAUGAAAAGAUGAGAGAGGUACUCAGAGAAGCAAAACAUCACUUUGAAGAGAAGAAAUCUGCAUUUGCUCUUCUGGUGAAAAGCAAGACAUUCGGAACAUGUAAACUUCCACCAAAUCCCCCUCAAUUCUCAAUGACCCGUGAGCAGGCUGUAACCCUCGUGCUGCAAGGUCUCAGCUCUCAAGAUGUUGUAGUCAGCACCACAGGCAUGCUGUCACGAGAAGUCUACGAGUACAGGGCUUUGAAAAAGAUGAGCCAUGAACAGGAGUUUCUCACAGUGGGAGCAAUGGGUCAUUCCAGUAUGAUUGCCCUUGGCAUUGCUUUACAAAAACCAAACAGGCAGGUUUUCAGUCUGGAUGGAGAUGGAGCUGUUUUGAUGCAUAUGGGAGCACUAGCCACCAUAGCCCAGCGAAAAGUUCCCAACUUUAGACACAUUGUCUUUAACAACGGUGCCCACGAUUCAGUGGGUGGUCAACCAACUGAAGCACGGCAUUUUGAUGACUUCUCAAUCCCAGGCAUUGCAAUGGCAUGCGGUUAUAAAGAGGCCUUUACGGUGAAAACUGAGACUGAGUUGGUCGAGGGGUUGCACCGCCUGCAGAACCAAUCGGGACCCACCAUGAUGGAGGUGUUGAUCAACACAGGCAACCGCACUGACUUGGGGAGGCCAACACGAACUACUCAUGAAAACAAAGAGGACUUCAUGGAGUUUCUUAAAAGCUGACAAGUAGAUGAUACAAAGCUGUUUGGUUGGAUAUUGUGACAUUUAACUGCUUAUCUUUUACAAAUGCAGAUGAUUACAUUGGAGUUGAUGGAUUUUACUUGAACGAUAAAUCCAAAUCCAAGUUUCUUUUUAAAAAAAACACUUUAAGAUCUGUCAACUAGUAGGAUUUCUUCAGUGGUGCAUGCAGUGGUUAGUUCAGGGCUAUUGGCUUACAAUUUCUUAAAUCUGAGAAUUGAUGAAAUAGGUUAAAUGACAGUUAAAUGAAGAGUUAUGGAAAUUUGUACACGUAUAGUCAGUGCUUUGCUAAGGAAAAAGACACCAUUUGCUUUGUAAAAAGUGCAAUAUACAUUAUUCCAAAGAUCUGUUUAAAAUUAAAAUACAGUCAAAUCUCGCUACUAUGCCACCUACCGGGACCGAGCAAAAGUGGCAUAGUAGUGAGGGUUCAUAAAAACGGCUUUAUUUGUUCAAGUUACCCGUCAGUUUAAAGCUCUCAAGAAUCGUCGGCGCACGUUCUUUCGGCGGAUCUCAUACAUCUCGUUGUCUAUUCCAGUGGUUCUCAAAGUAUUUCGGACCGCGGACCACUUUACUUAAGUAAAAAUUAUGGCGGGCCACCAAGCUCGUUCUUUGUAAUUAAAAUGUUAAUGCGAGGAAUGCAUCACUUUAAACAUCACUUUGCUGACAUAUGACGACUGUCAGCCGCGGACCACCUGACUUAUGCCUGCGGACCACACUUUGAGAACCACUGGUCUGGUCGAUCGCACGCUUGCAUCACACCGGGCUUCCCGCUUCUCUGUUGUAAGAACGGUGCUCCAAGCUAGCUGGGCUUCCUCAAAGGGAACAAUUUCCUCCUCGAUCUCGUCCUCUUCGCUUUCCCCUUCACACCAUCUCCUCCGCAAUCUCCUCCAUCGUGAAAGACCCGCCAGAUGAGACGCACUCGCGGAAUUUCACAACUCGUACCUUUACAAUAGUGGCAUAGUAGCGAGAGUAGGAGGUGGCAUAGUAAAUUUAUUUUACAUUGAAUUUAUAGUCCGGACCGAGCAAAAGUGGCAUAAUAACGAGAGUGGCAUAGUAGCGGGGUGGCAUAGUAGCGAGAUUCGACUGUAGGUGCAGCAGGUUUAAGACCACCACGGAAUCUUGAAAUUAAGGUAUCAAGGGUUUCUGAAAUUUUAUAGUAGCACUUCUGAAAGUCUUGUCAGAUUUUUUAUGCAUGCUUUUAUGCAAAAGUACCUUGUAGGCCAUUAUAAUUUUUUUUAUUUUGAAUUUAUGACCAGUUGAUCAUAACAUGCAUACCAUAUAAAAAUAUUUGAGCUCUCAUAAAAAAACUACUGGGAACGUUACUUUUUAAGCAAUUUUGAACCAUUAAUUACUUUUCCUCAACUAAAUUGGCAGUUGUAUUGAUUGUUGCUUUUAGCAGUAGCAUGCUUUUACACAAGAGGCGUAUUUAUAAACCAGAAUUACAUUUUUACAGAAUUUAUUUCAUGACAAAAUGCAAUUUCCUUUUCCCUCCUAAAUACGUUUCAGAGAAUACUAAUCCUAAUUUAGUGCAUAGUGGAGGCCACAGAAGGCACUGAUAUUAUGUUCAGUUGUCUUUUGAUUGUCUGCAUUUGAUGUCACAUUGUCUUUUCCAAGUAAAAGUUUUCAAAAUGUCUGUUAACCACUUAGACUGUUUAUAAAUAAGUAUUAAAUUUUCAUAAAUUGUAAUGAUUAGUUAUAAAUUUCGUGCUAUUGCUCAAGCAGUUCAUUGCUUUUAUGUGAAUCUUAAGAGCAUAAAUUCAUUCUCAAAAAAUAUUAGACAUUCUUUAAAGUAUUAUCCAUUUUGAAUAGUCUUAUUUUUGUACAUUUGAAAUUAUACAUUGGAUGCAAUGUUUUUCUUGUACAAUAUUACAGUCUGCAUGGAUUGAGAUUGCAACUUUUGUGAACUGUAAUAUAUCUGGUUUAUUUCAUUAUCAGCUGCAAAAACUCAUGCCAUGCAAGUUUUCAGUUCUCUCUACUUGGCAUUGUUAAUUUAUAAAGUGAGCAACUAUUGUUAAAUUAUCAAACUUUCAUCAUCUUACAUUUUCAUAUUUUUGAAACCUUUUUUCCCCCAGAUAUAUUAGAGUCAAGAUCUGCUUAUUCAUUAUUUCUGGCUGCUUAAUUGUUUAAGCAGUUGAACCUUUUAAAAAGGAAACAGUUUAAGUACUU